AUGACGUCAUACUCGCGGAAAUCACCUUCGCUUCAAAGGUCACCGUGUGUGCAGGGCCGGAGCAUCCAGGCCGCCAAUUCCCUGUCACUGUCCGGGUUUGAUCGUGAAUGUUUGAGCUAUCUCCAAGAUUCGAUCUUGGUCGUAGCAUUGGGAAAGCAUUGGCCAUGGUCAACCGUUUCGUAUACAUACCACAAAAUAGCCCCCAAAGAGCCUAUGGUCAUGAGCAUGAUACUGGCCAGCACUGCGAGGGAGAUCUACCGGGCAAAACUUUAUGAUGCGGAAGCUACUGCCCUUGAUUCCCUGCCGGCCAUUGAUCAAUCAGAUAUGGAUGGCAGAGUGCAUUACGGCCGAGCGUUGUCGAGUCUCCGAGAGGCCCUCAAGCAGGAGGUAAAAUCUCCCCAACAGAUUGAGGCCAUCUUCAUCACCCUCUGGUUGAUGAUAGACUACGAGAACCGCUUUGGAGGUGGUGCAUCUGCCAUCAAUAUUCAUAUUCGGGGAAUUGAGACCCUUCUCCACAACCACAUUGUCCCUUUGCUCCAAGGCCACACACCCCAGACUGCCAUCCUUGACGCCCCAAUCCCCUUGCAGCAGACUGAGACCCACUCUGACGCCACGACACUCGGUGAAUAUGCAAGCAAUGAGGACUCCGCUCCGAUUGCUCCGCCCUCAGGACCCACCAACGGAUUGGGCGGUACAUGUGUGCCGCUUUACCUUCUUUGGACGCUGUACUUCUUUACUCCUGCUGCGCUUUUCUUUGGGUCAGGAACAGCUCGGCUGGACACCGACAUCUUUCGGUUUUUCUUGAAAUCCGAGACGGGGGACACUGCUCUAAGCCUGACUGAGCUAUAUAGACUGAGUAGACAGUCUCCUUCGCGCUUUUGGGGCGAUGGAUAUCCUAUUUCGUCUCAACUUGACGAUUUGGAAAAUUUACCAGGCCUCACACUUUAUCACCGCAGCCAUGUGGUUCAGUUCAAAAUUACUGAAAUGUUCAGACACAGUGCGGGACCAGAUACAAGCUUUGGGGAAGGUUCUCCUUAUCAGAAGAUUGUGAAGGAGAUAAAUACCUUGGCCAUGGAAUAUGAUACCGUCCUCAUAUCGGCCAAAAGAUCUCCUACCUGCGAUGUCGCUGGCGAUCGUCGCGUGAUGGAAACAAUCUUUUGGUCCGCCAUCACAUUCUACGGCACCAUAGUCUAUUUCCACCUGUGCUUCGAUGAUCUGGUUAAAAAUCAAUCAGGACUGGAAAACAACGAAAGAAACAUUCUCCCACUAACAACAGCAGUAUCUCUGGUCCUUGAGCUCAGUUUGAAAAUGCACCGAAGCCGGCCACGUCUUCUAGUACGAAUCGUAUGGCCUUUGUUCAUCGCGGGAAUUGCGACUUCAGACCGUAUUUACCAAGACUGGGUGUCUAUACGGCUCCGCGAACUUGGAAGGUAUGGCCAGAACUACGAGCGAAUAAGUCGCCGGUUUGAUGAGGUUAGCCAGGGGGGUCAAUCCCAUUUCCAUGAACGAAGAGGGCAUUACUAUAUAGGAACUUGA